CGUCUUUUUUAUGUUAAGGUUGACGCACUCGUGCGUUGUUUUUGGUUGAUGUAUUAUUGAACGUAGAAUUUAAAAGAACAAGUUUGAACUAAUCGCGUACUACGAAGCAAUGGCACGAGAUGGACACAAGCACAACAAACGCUCAAGGAGCCGAUCAGCCAGUCCCCGUUCAAAAAAACUUCGCGAACGAGAUCGGGAUGGCGAAAAUAGACAAAGAGACAGAGAUCGAGAUAGAGACAGAGACCGUGAAAGGGAACGGGAACGGGACAAAAGAAGAAGCCGAUCAAAAGAAAGAGACUAUGAAAAAUCUAAAAAAUCUAGUUCAACAUCAGAAAGACGAACUUCAAAAUCACCAGAAAGGAAGCCACCAUUAGUAGAAGAAAUCAAGCCAGUUGUGAAAUCAGAGUCAGAGCUUAAAGAAGAGGCAGCCAUGGCUGCUAUGAUGGCCAAGGAGGAGGAGCAGAAGACGUUGGACUUGGAAAUGCAAAAAAGACGAGAAAGGAUUGAAAAAUGGCGACUAGAACGAAAAAUGCAAGAAAUUGCACAAGUAAAAUCUGACCUAGCGAAUCAGAGGGCUGGAAAAAAAUGGUCGCUUGAAGAUGAUGAGGAAGAGGAAGAGGCACCACCCGAAAGCAUCUCAGAAGAAAUGGAAGUUCAAGAAACAGUAGAAGAAGUUGACCCAUUAGAUGCUUUUAUGCAGGAUAUACAAACCGAAGUUCGUAAGGUGCAGAAUCUCGACGUUCAAAAAUCCAAGGGGUUUGGCGUGAUGGUAAUGACAGGAGUAGCGAAAAAAGUAGCCAAAAAGAAAGGAGAGCUCGUUGAACAAAAUCAAGAUGCUCUCGAGUAUUCGUCCGAAGAGGAAUCAGAAGACCUUGCGUCAGCUAUGUCGGGACUAGCAAACAGCAACAUUAAGCAAAAGGAAAAAGUUUUUAAGAUAGAUCAUAACAAAAUCAGUUAUUUUCCCUUUCGGAAAAACUUUUAUGUUGAAGUACCCGAUAUAGCGCGAAUGACGCAGGAAGAAGUUGAUGAAUACCGUCUGGAAUUGGAAGGUAUUAAGGUCAAAGGAAAGGGAUGUCCAAAACCUAUAAAGACAUGGGCGCAAUGUGGAGUUAGUAAAAAAGAAAUGGAAAUUCUAAAGAAAUUGGCUUACGAAAAACCAACUCCCAUUCAAACACAGACGAUCCCUGCAAUUAUGUCCGGACGGGACAUAAUUGGUAUUGCCAAGACUGGUAGUGGUAAAACGUUAGCUUUUUUGCUGCCCAUGUUUAGGCAUAUUUUAGAUCAGCCACCUCUGGAAGAGACUGAUGGACCGAUCGCCAUCAUUAUGUCCCCAACCCGAGAAUUGUGCUUACAAAUCGGCAAAGAAUGCAAAAGAUUCACGAAGGCGUUGAAUUUGCGUGUUGUAACAGUUUACGGAGGGACAGGUAUAUCGGAGCAAAUUGCGGAACUUAAACGCGGUGCAGAGAUUAUCGUGUGCACUCCGGGAAGGAUGAUUGACAUGUUGGCUGCCAAUAAUGGACGUGUUACCAAUCUAAGACGCGUGACCUACAUCGUGUUAGAUGAAGCUGAUCGAAUGUUUGACAUGGGUUUUGAGCCACAAGUAAUGCGGAUCAUUGACAAUACCCGACCUGAUCGUCAAACUGUCAUGUUCAGUGCCACAUUUCCGCGACAAAUGGAGGCGUUGGCUCGUAGAAUCCUUCAUAAACCCAUCGAGAUCACGGUUGGUGGCCGCAGCGUAGUGUGUGCCGAUGUCGAACAGCACGUUCUUGUUAUGGAGGACGAACAAAAGUUUUUGAAACUUUUGGAGCUAUUAGGCGUGUAUCAAGAACAAGGUAGUGUUCUUGUAUUCGUUGAAAAACAAGAAAGUGCGGACGACCUACUCAAAGAUCUCAUGAAAGCCGGAUACGACUGCAUUUCGCUUCAUGGUGGCAUUGAUCAAUAUGAUCGUGAUUCGGCUGUGGUCGACUUCAAAAAUGGAAAAAUCAAGCUGAUGAUCGCCACAUCUGUGGCUGCUCGUGGUUUAGAUGUGAAGCAUCUUAUUUUGGUUGUGAACUACGAUUGUCCCAACCAUUAUGAAGAUUACAUUCAUAGGUGUGGAAGAACUGGACGAGCCGGUAAUAAGGGAUUUGCUUACACCUUCAUUACACCAGAUCAGCAAAGAGCUUCAGGCGAUAUUAUUAAAGCAAUGGAACUAUCAGAAACACCAGUUCCAACUGAGCUGCAAACUCUUUGGGACCAAUAUAAAACUAAACUUGCCGCGGAAGGAAAAACUGUCCGAUCAGGCGGGGGUGGAUUUUCCGGAAAAGGAUUCAAAUUCGAUGAAUCAGAAGCUAUGGCUGUAUCAGAGAAGAAAAAGUUCCAGAAAGCCGCUUUAGGCCUCCAAGAUUCGGAUGAAGAAGACAUUGAAAAUGACUUAGAUGAACAAAUUGAAACUCUGAUGGCUGCCAAACGAAUAGUGCGGGAAGUUCAAGCAUCCACCAUUGUCUCCGGAGGCGGCGGUUCAGUUGCAUCAAGCAUUCCGAGCAAAACAGCUAUCGACAAACUAGAAUUAGCAAAGCGGUUAGCCUCAAGAAUUAACCUGGCCAAACAACCCACCGGACCAGUUCCAGCAAUGCCCGAAACUUCAAUAGGGGCAAUUUCGGCCAGAAAUGUUGCAGAGCAAUUGGCAGCCAAACUUAAUACACGGCUCAACUAUGCUCCUGUUGAAAAUGAAGAACUAAUUGAAGGAUCAUUAGAAGAAGGCGGAGAAAAUGCUCCAACAGCCUCUGAUGUCAUCCAGAAGUUUGAAGAAGAAUUGGAAAUCAAUGACUUCCCACAACCUGUUCGCUGGAAAAUCACUUCAAGGGAAGCUUUGGCACAGGUUAGCGAAUUUUCAGAAGCCGGCGUCUUUGUUCGAGGAACGUAUUGCGCACCUGGGAAAAAGGUCGCCGAAGACGAAAGAAAACUUUAUUUGGCAAUCGAGAGCACUAGUGAAAUGGCAGUUUCCAAAGCUCGAAAAGAAAUUGUCCGUAUCCUCAAAGAAGAAAUGCUUCGGCUGGCCAGUUCUGCUUCCUAUCAAGGCUCUAAAACUGGUCGAUACAAAGUCUGAUGCCUCUUUGGCUUUUACACUAUGUACCGUCUUACCAGUCAUCUAACAAAUGCUGAGAGUAAAUACAAGAUUUUAACAUGG